AUGGAGAUGCUUGAGAAACAGCUGGCUAAUCUGAACAUUGUGAAACGUUCCUCGGGAAAGGAAGAGCCCACUAACCUGCUUGGCAUAGACACGUCCAAGACCAUGCAAGCAGAGAAAGGAAACUUGGUGGCUGUUUUAUGCUCUAAUGGGUCAGUUAGAAUAUACGAUAAAGAAAGGUUAGAGGUACUGCGAGAAUUUAGUGCACGUUCUGGAUUUCUCAAUGGUGUCAAAUUUGCAAAUUCUUGUGACCACGUGUAUUCCUCGUGUACUGAUGGCACUGUCAAAUGUUGGGACGCUCGAUUAGCCAGUGAAAAACCUAUCCAGUUGUUCAAGGGUUACCCUUCUAAUAUUUUUAUCAGUUUUGACAUCAACCAUAACGAUCAUGUUAUUUGUGCUGGCACAGAAAAAAUUGAUGAUGAUGCAUUGUUGAUAUUCUGGGAUGCGAGAAUGACUUCUCAGGAUAUAUCUAGUACUAAAGACCCACUUGGUGCCUACUCAGAGACACACAGCGAUGACAUCACUAACGUGUGCUUCCACCCCACCAAUCCCAAUAUGGUGGUUUCGGGUUCAACUGACAGCCCGGUGAAUGUUUUUGAUAUUAGUCUGGAUAAUGAAGAAGACGCGCUGGUGACCACCUGUAACUCAGUUUCCUCAGUAAGCAGUAUCGGUUGGUCUGGGAAGGAUUAUAAACAGAUAUUCUGCAUGACACAUGAUGAAGGAUUUUAUUGGUGGGAUCUUAAUCAUCUGGAUACUGAUCAACCUCUCACCUGUUUGAACAUCCAAGAUGUUAGGGAAGUGAUUAAAGUGAAAGAAGGUCCUUUGGACUAUUUGAUUGGUGGAUUGUAUCAUGAGAAAAUGGACAAAUUGUUUGUUGUUGGAGGAGCCAACACAGGAAGCAUUCACUUAAUGAACUGCACUACCUCAGGACUGGUCCACGUAGCCAGCCUUCGAGGAGGACAUGCUGCUACUGUGCGUUCUUUCUCUUGGAAUAUGCACGACAAUUCUUUGCUAACUGGAGGAGAAGAUGCGCAGUUGUUACUCUGGAAACCUGAAGCAAAAGAGAAGACAUUUACAAAGAAAGAAAGCAUGAAAAUAGCAUCUUCUGUGUACCAUCGAGUUCGAGUCCACAAUAACGAGUCUUAUAAGAGGAAAAAGAAUCACUAAUAUUACAUGGGAAUUUAUGUGAUAGAAUUUAUAACUAUGAGUAAAUUUUGUUUUUGUUGUUAAAAAAAAAAA